CACCGGCGGAGAGUGUCGCGCGGAGGGAGCGAGCUGCUGCCUGCCUGCUGCUUGGGCCCGCACACAAACACACAUACACUGAAAACCUGUGAGAAACUGACACAAAUACGGAUUGACGCAACAUCUCCCGUUCACUAACAGGGCUGAUCUGAGUGUUUUCCCCCUCGCCUCUGAUCGCGACCUGUCAGGAGUUGCUCCACGCUUCAGUGGGACUCGAUGAAAGAUGACAGAGGAGGUGAUUGUUAUAGCCAAGUGGGACUACACCGCUCAGCAGGACCAAGAACUUGACAUCCGGAAAAACGAGCGCUUGUGGCUCCUGGAUGACUCUAAAACCUGGUGGAGAGUCCGCAAUGCCUCCAACCGUACAGGCUACGUCCCGUCUAACUACGUCGAGCGUAAAAAUAGCCUCAAGAAAGCCUCGCUCGUGAAGAACCUGAAAGAUACACUCGGUCUCGGCAAAACGAAAAGGAAGACAAGUGCACGUGAUACAUCUCCCACACCCAGCACGGAUGCAGAGUACCCAUCAAACGGGAGCGCAGGAGGAAGUGGAAUGGGUGGGGCAGAGCGGAUCUACGACCUGAACAUUCCCGCAAUGGUGAAGUUCUCCUACACGGCAGAGCGCGAUGACGAGCUGAGUUUAGUUAAAGGAGACCGAGUGGUGGUGAUGGAGAAGUGCAGCGACGGCUGGUGGAGGGGGAGCCACGACGGCCGCGUGGGCUGGUUCCCGUCCAACUAUGUACGUGAGGAGCCGGCUUACGCAGACACAAGCUUUGGAGGGGACACGUUAGGGGGCUUUCGUUCCCUGAGAGCGGGGCAAGGGAUGGGACUUGUUAAUGGCCGGCUUGCAGGCACAGGGAGCUCAGUACUCCAUGUGGUCCAGACACUGUACCCCUUCAGUUCGGUUACUGAUGAGGAGCUGAACUUUGAGAAGGGUGAGACUAUGGAGGUGGUGGAAAAGCCUGAGAAUGACCCUGAGUGGUGGAGGUGUAGGAACAGCAAGGGUGUGAUCGGCCUUGUGCCAAAGAACUAUGUGGCGGUUUUGAACGAAGGGUCUGCUGUACGAGGCCCUGCCUCCCCUCCCAUCAGCCACAUGGGCCCGUCACGUACAGGCAGGUUUGCAGGCAAGGAGUGGUACUACGGUAACGUGACACGGCAUCAGGCGGAGUGUGCACUCAACGAGCGAGGAGUCGAGGGAGACUUCCUUAUAAGAGACAGCGAGUCCUCGCCCAGUGAUUUCUCCGUGUCUUUGAAGGCCGUGGGGAAGAAUAAACACUUCAAGGUGCAGCUGCAGGAUGGAGUCUACUGCAUUGGCCAGCGGCGUUUCAACAGUAUGGAGGAGUUGGUAGAGCACUACAAAAAAGCUCCCAUUUUCACCAGUGAACAGGGAGACAAACUCUACCUGGUGAAACCUCUUGCCUGAACUUGGCUUUAUCCUACUGGACUUAUUUUGCCUUUCCUUCACUAUUUCUUUUGCCCUUUUCUCCUCUCUGCUUGUCUCCUCAUAGGACUUAAAGCAAGCCUUGGGGCUGGAUGGCAGGAUCCUUUCAUGAGCAAAAAAGGAUAUUUUGCCUCAGAGCCCUGUGCUUUGCCAGGCUCUGUCAAGGAGAAACUGGAUGUUCUUUUAAGUUGAAAUACCCAUAAGCCUGUUAAACAUUCUUUGAUUAAAGAUCGAAUUCCGGCCUCUGAGGAGGACCUAGAAAUAAAUAUGGUCUGAUUCACUGUGUGACCGUUGUUAGCACUCCCUCUGCCUUUGGCGUACAGAUCUUCUGCUCUUACUGGCUUUGGUAAAAUAGCAUCUGCGUUUUAGAGCCUGUCUCACUCCAACCUAGACUGUUUCAGAUACUUCACUUUGUGCAUUAAUUUGUGGCAUAUCAGGCCAGCAGUAGGAUGGAUUAUGAUUUUGGUCAUAGCAUGUGAUGAGCAGCUAAGCACAGGUUUAGAUUUAUAUACUGAUCUUUUGCACUGCUUUAUGUAUUUGGUUUUUAAGGGUAAAAAGCAUGAAGUGCACAGUGGGACACAGCCCAGAUUGUGUUUCCACCUGAAGAGCCAGUAUGUAGAGCACAUCAGCUUCUUUGCAUGUCUGCCACUGCAACUAUAUCAGAAUUCAGUUUAAAUGUACUUCAGCACUAGACUUGGAGCUCAAUAGACCUACUACUAAUCUGAACUGUGCACUCACUUAUCCUCCCGAGACUGUUUCAGCCUUGAAGCCGAUUACUAAUGCUGACUUCCAUUCAUGCCAGCUCUCAGUUUCACUGACUCAGUGCUCACAGUGAACCUUGGUUUCCCGGUUCUUACUGUACUCAGCUCAAAUGUUUACCAUAAGUCGCUCUUCAGGGUUUCUUUAGGUUCAGGGUGCUUAUAAAGGGGCUAUGUCUAUCAGCCCUGAUGCAUUAAGGAAGAGAACGGGCUAGGCAUCUUUGUAGCCCAGCCAGGUUUUUGAAUGUCUCCUUCUACAGCCAAAUGUGCCACAUAUCUUCAGUAUGGCUAUGCUUAGUGCCCUUAUCAACUCAGAGUUCCCUUAUACACACAAACACCCAUGUCGUCUUUUCUUCUCUCAAUAACACUCACACUUGCCUAGCUGAUUGUGAACACUAAGAGUAAUAAUACAUGUAAAAUGUUUUCAUUCUCUUUACUUUUGCCACACCUGUCUGUUUACCGAGAAGAGUGGUGUUCAAGGUUUUUUUUAAUGAUUGGAAUAAGAUAUGUCUGAAUGUUAUUGAGCAAUGUUAUUUAAUUCUUCUUUCCACUAUAUGUACAUAUACAUAUUCAUGAAUAAAAAAUAAAUACAU